UUCGCUACUCGACAUGCGCUUGCGAUUCCCGCGGUGCGGCGCGCACGCGGUCUCGUCAAACAUCUAUAUAUAUCGCGCGAAAGAAAUGCUACGUUACAGUCGCGCGGGAAACGUUAAGUGACCAUAAGGAGCUGCUGUCAAGUGUCGGAAGUAAUCUAGUUUAUUAAUUCACAAUGCCGCCUCAAGGGCAACCCCCGGCCUGGGUGCUGGACGAGUCCGAUGCGGUGACCGAGGACAAAGAUGUGGCCACCCCCGCCCCGGAGGCCGAGAAGAGGAAACUGCAGAUUGUGUGGAGGAAUGUCUCCCUGUUCGUGUUCCUGCAUAUCGGGGCGCUGUACGGCGGAUACCUUUUCUUUACUAAGGCUAUGUGGAUCACCAGGAUUUUCACGGUUGUAUUAUACAUAAUGUCCGGCCUGGGCAUCACGGCGGGAGCGCACAGGUUAUGGGCCCACAAGUCGUACAAGGCGCGCCUGCCUCUGAGGAUACUGCUCACACUGUUCAACACCAUUGCCUUCCAGGAUUCUGUGCUGGACUGGGCGCGUGACCACCGCAUGCACCACAAGUAUUCCGAGACCGACGCCGACCCCCACAACGCCACUCGUGGCUUCUUCUUCUCGCACGUUGGCUGGCUAUUGGUGCGAAAGCAUCCGCAGAUCAAGGCCAAGGGACACACCAUUGACAUGAGCGACUUACUGGCCGAUCCCGUGCUGCGCUUCCAGAAGAAAUACUACCUGACCCUGAUGCCGCUUUUCUGCUUCAUCCUACCCACAUACAUCCCCACUCUCUGGGGCGAGUCUCUGUGGAAUGCCUACUUCGUCUGCGCCAUCUUCCGCUACUGUUAUGUCCUGAACGUCACCUGGUUGGUCAACUCGGCCGCCCACAAGUGGGGAGACCGUCCCUACGACAAGAACAUCAACCCCGUCGAAACCAAGCCUGUGUCUCUGGUCGUUUUUGGCGAAGGAUUCCAUAAUUACCAUCACACUUUCCCUUGGGACUAUAAAACUGCUGAGUUGGGAGGCUAUUCUCUCAAUCUUUCUAAGCUCUUCAUUGAUACUAUGUCUAAAAUCGGAUGGGCGUAUGAUCUUAAGUCAGUUUCCCCUGAUAUUGUCGAGAAGCGAGUGAAGAGAACCGGUGAUGGUAGCCACCAUUCUUGGGGAUGGGACGACGCGCCGGCGGACCAGAAGGUGGCGGCGACUAUUGUCAACCCCGACAAGACUGAAUGAACUGAUUACAUCGGUUGACAUACGAGAAGUCUCUAUUGUGAUGUGAAGAUUAGCUUAGUAUAGGUGUAUCUGCUGUUUAGCACCAUUUAACUAUAAAAAUCAUAUGUUUUUUCAUCAACGCGGCCGAUACGUUUUGGCCCUAUUUCGACUCCUUCAUUAAUUUCAUUAUGUAACACUGAAAUAUUUUAAAAUUGACCAUUUAGAAAGGCAUCACGACUACAAAUAUUUAAGUAAAUUUAAAAAAUCUCCAUAUACCUAUGCACCUAUCGGUUGGCAUUUGUUUUUAUGCUGUAUAUGCAUUUGUUUUUAUACAUAGUUAAAUAGUGUUAGUAUGACUCACGAUACUUUAAAUGUUUUUAAAAUAGUGUAGAGUCGCUGUUUACACUUUGCUAUUAAUUAUUGUGACGAGUUGUGAUAACUAUUUUGUCGAUAAUAUUUAGUUUAUUUAUUUAGGAUUAGGAGUUACCAAAUAUUAAUUAACAUAUUUAACAUUGAAUGUAUAAUUUAUCUGCACGUAACAUUGAUAGCUGUGAAAACAUUAGUUUUAGGUAUUAUGCUCAAUAAAUACGUUCUGAAAGA